AUGAAUUCCUUGCACUGCAAUGUGAAGCUUUUUCUUACGCUGUUUUUGCAUUUUAUAACUUCUGAAAUGCAAACAACAGAGCUGACCCUACAGAAGAUUGUUAGAAGUAAGCGAGCAUUUGACUUGGCACAAAUCGAAUCGGAUCUGGCGGAGCAGGAAGAGCAGCGUAUUCGCUGGGAAUCAUUCAGAACAGUGAAUUCGGAAGCACUGAAGGAUAAAAUAUGCCAAAAUAAAUGUAACGACAAUUUACGACUCGGUCUUGACAUGGUCAAGGCGCACAUGGCAUUUGGCAGUAUCAGUUUUCCGCCAUUAGUAGAUGAAAACGAUCUCAAACUGUUUUGUCACCUAGACGAUCAGCAUAGUUUGUGCUUACGUAAUUGUGGUUUCAUAAUACAAUUCAAUAUGAAUGAUUUCAUUUGCAAGCAUCAUUAUAAAGAAAUGACUUAUUUACUGCCCUGCUAUAGACAUGCAGUACCAGCAUUAAAGCUUGAAUGUGGCGCAAAAAGAUGCGGUCCUUACAUAGAUACUGCUAAUACAAUUACUGGGCGUGCGCAUCGAUGUAGUUUGCUAUUAUGUGAUAUGAGAUGCACAACAAAUGUGCUUAUUGGACGAUGUGCUAAUGAGUAUGGUCAACAAGCCGCUCAUUUUAUUAUGAAUUACACAAGCCAACAGGAAAUUUUAAACUUUUCAACCUUACUGUUUCAAGUUUCUCUAAAUAUUAGUAAUUUGCUUGCCACGAUUUUUCCUAAGUAA